CUAACGCCGGUCGGGGACAGUAACGAUACAUUAAAGAACCUCCUACGACCCGCGUACCUGCGCUCGCUGUCGUCGGAAGACGAAGACGACAUUGUGGCGAAAUUAAACGAGAGCCGGGAUGAAAGCCUGAAUACGUCGAAAAGCUCGUCGGAUCAAGCGUCGACGUCAGCGACGCCGUCUGGGAGUGGCAUGCCUGUCUUCAACCAGCGCUUGCGGCCGGAUGAUAUCGAGCCCGUCGGCCCCAGGAACCCUGUCACGUUCGUCAGAGACUUGUCCGCUUACUGGUACAAGCCGUCCAUCUCUAGAGAUGAUGCCAUACAAGUCUUGAGAGACCAAAAGCCAGGAACAUUCCUCGUCCGAGAUUCAACCUCGUUCCCAGGAGCGUUCGGCCUGGCCUUGAAAGUCGUGUCAAUGACGAACGGCAGCCAGAAUAAACUGCCGGACACGUCAUCGGAAUCAGUGCGACACUUCUUGAUCGAAACAACAACGAGCGGUGUACGAAUUAAAGGCUGCCAAAAUGAACCCGUUUUCGGAUCGCUGUCGGCGCUGAUUUACCAGCACUCUGUCACCGCUCUGGCGCUGCCAAGCAAACUAGUCUUACCCACGUGUGAUCCCACCGAGAAUAAGCUUAUCGACGCUGCCGACGCUUCUGCUAUGGCAUCACAAAAUUUGCUUCGUCAAGGAGCUGUGGCACAACUUUUCGUUUCAGCCUGCAACGUGAUUUAUCUUCACUCAAUCGACGUGGAAUCCUUGACCGGACCGCAAGCCGUGAGGAAAACGGUUCACACUUACCUGUCGCGAUGCAGCUCCGGGAUCUUACAUCCGCCCUUGUCAUCCCAUUUCAAGGUUUCUCUGAAUGGCAUUACUAUCACCGACAACGAGAGGAUUUUGUUCUUCAGGCGCCAUUAUCCGAUGGAAUCUAUUUCGUAUUGUGGCCUGGAUCCCGAGGAUAGAAAAUGGAAGCCGGACAUGAAUGCGCCGAAAAACAACUACGGAUUCAUGACUCCAAGGCCUUACUUUGGGUUCGUCGCAAGAAAGCCGGGGACUUUGGCUGACAACCAAUGCCAUAUUUUUGCGCAGAUGGAACCAGAACAACCAGCUAGUGCUAUCAUAAAUUUCGUCACCAAAGUAAUGCAGGCGAACACUUCUGAUCCUGGGAGACCGAGGCUACUGUAGUCAGCCAUGCAUUCAUCUAGCUUUUUGUGUUCUGAAUUUGCUCUUAUUUUCUUAUUCAAAUAUUAAGGUCAUGCCGCCAUCUCGAUUGCUAAUUUUAUUCGAAUUCUCGAAUCUUCGCGAUGUCGUUCACUUCGGUCGCGACAGCAUUUUUCUGCUACUGCAUUUAUGGGGUGACCGUCAGAAUCUCGCUGCGAAAGUUUUUUUUUUCGAAAACAUUGCAUAAAUAUUUGGAAUGUAUCCUUUCGAAAUCGUCAUUCGCGGGCAGUAUUCAUGCUUCCCGAACUUUCCUCGAACCACGGACCAUUUUCGCACUUCGCGAAUUCUCUUGUCUUUGGCUGGAAAUCAAGUGAGAACGAGUGUGUAAUCUUUUUUGGCCGAAAAACAUUCGACCAAAUAGGGCUCUUGAGUGUGAUCCGAAAUGGGCUUCGUCUGUUACCGUGGCAAAUUUUUGGACUCCUCGGAAGACUUUUUUUUUUUUGCGAAUUCUCGUCCCAAUAAUUGUUAGAUGAGAUCUAUAUUCUUGACUCAAGGAUGCGUCGUCGGUAUGAUGUGAGAGCAGGCAUGAAUGCAAAUGUAUUCUUUUCAAGUAACUCGAGAUAUUUACCCAGAGGAACUUUUCUCCUCGGGUGGAUUCGUAACCAAUGAUUCUUGUGUUUGAUACUGCUGUCGUCCUUCGAACGGUGGAAAAAACAACGCUUGCAUGUUGUGACCUGUUUUCAUUGAGUCCCCGGGACUAAGGUUUCCGCUUAAUAUGGUCGGUCGAUAAUAAUAAACGUUACUGAUUCCGC